AUUAGACCAACCUGCUUGUAUACAGGUCGUAACUAGGAAAUAGUCACAAUCUUAGGACAGUUAAAAUAUCAACGUAUCAAGAUAAAGUAAGAUAUCUCAAGGUUGACAUGUUCUAAGAUUCUCAUUAUCUUAGUAACCACAAUAAAUCAAAUGAAUAAACAAUAGGCAAAAUAAACACUCAUCGCUGAAGUGAAUUCAAGGAGCAUACCAUAUAAGGUCAUAUACAGAGGGCCGAAACACUGUUCUUCAAAACACAAAAAGGACCAUUAAUGCAACAUGGCUGAAUCAUCCUAUAUUGAAACAGGGACUAAAAACACUGAUACUACGAAGGAAUUAACUGAUGAAGAAAUUGAAGAGAUAGCACUUGAUUUAGCAGACGCGAUCGCAGAAUGCGAUUUCCAAAGUGUUCAGUUGAUUAUGGCGGCAAAUCGAGAGCAUAUAAAGCCAAUUUGUUCAUUAUUACUCCCGUGCGAUUUAUCCUGGGGAAAAGAUGGAGAAAUCUCUGUGUUACAUCUAGCAGCUAUGAUGAACCAAUUAAAUUUUCUGAAUACGAUUAUUCACUGCGGGGUACCUGUCGAUUUACCGGAUUCCCACGGAUUGACGCCAUUGAUGUAUGCAGUGAUCAAAGAUACAUUGAAUUCAGCGCGCGUUCUGCUGGAUUACAACGCGGAUGUUAACAAGCAGGACUAUAAUGGAUACUCCUCAUUUCAUCAUUCAGUCCAAUUGGCGCAUAUAAAAAUGACGGAAAUGUUGUUACUAUAUGGCGCAACUGUUAACACAGUACAAGGUGAAGGGUGGUCGCCUUUGAUGUUAGCAGUGCGCCAUCGAUACGAACGCUCAGACCAUAUCAUUAUUAUGAAAAUAUUAUUCCACCAGGGGGCGUUACUAGACAUACAAGAAAAACAACAGAACUACACAGCGCUAAUAUUAGCCGCACAAGAAGGGCAUCUUGACAUAGUGAAAUUAUUAGUGCGUAAAGGCGCUAAUGUUAAUCUCCAAACAAAAAGUCUACAUACAGCGCUAAUGUUAGCCUGUUGGCGCGGAUUAAAACCAAUCGCUGAAUUUCUCAUGGCACGUGGCGCAAACGUUGACAUGCAAGACAAUGGAGGUAUGACUGCUUUAAUGUUGGCCCUACGGGACAAACAUAAUGACAUAGCGAAUACAUUGCUUCAAAAUCGAGCGUCUGUUUAUAUCGAGAAUAAACAGAAAAAGUUAGCGAGACAUUACACGAAGAGCAAAGUGAUGAAGCAGACACUGGAACAAGCUGAACUGGACCAGGCACGACGUGUACAUGUCCCCGCUAGUCCAUGUAUGGGCAUACCAAGACGCACACCUUUGGCCUUUAGACGCUUAGAAUUUUUAGCAUGUUGAAAGUGUAUAUUGGAAAUUGAACAUAUGCCAGUCUUCCCAAAAUUUUGCAGUAAAUUCUCCACAUAUUUUAUUUAACUAAAUCUUCUAAAUCUCAAUCCAACUACAAAAUGAAAUCAAUAUUAAUUAAGAGCUCUGUUCAACAUUCUUCUUGACCUUUCUUUGGAGUAAAAGAGGGUAACUACACAUGGACAUAUAAGUAGAACAGAGCUUAAAGCAAACACGGAUUUUCCAUUUGAAGACGGAUAGUGCCCUCUUUUAAUCCAAAAAAUGUAUUUCUCAUCCCAAAUUCCAAUUUUUUCUUGAAAAAAAUCAGUACUGUAACACUAAACUCUGAAUUGAAAAUUUGAUAUGUAGUUGGCAUAUUAUUUGGAUACUGCCAUCUAAUACCAAAUACUGCAUAAUAAAAACAACUCCACGAAAUCAUUGCUUUUGUUUUGACAAUAUUUGUUUGACUUUAUUAUUUUUACAUCACACAAUGUGGUUAUAGCUAUAAUACAAUUAGUUGUUUUUUACAACUUUAAAUAAUUCUAUACAAUUCAUUCAAAUUGAUAUAUACAAUUUGUACAUGUACAAUUAAUGGAAAAUGAAAUAAAUACAAUAAAAAUGUAUUUUGUACUAAAUCACUUUAAUGUUAAAUAUAAGGACAUCAUAAACAAAAUUGAGGAUACAAUAAAACUUCUUUAUAUCACUGAACAAAAUUUGGAUUUCCAGAGAACCCUUAGAAAAGUUUGUGUUCAAGUACACCCCCCCUUCAAAAGUUUGACAAUCCUAAGUCCCUAUUGGAUGACAUCUAAAAGCCUGUUUGUUUGAACUUUGAUUGGUUUCUUCAGAUGUAAAAGUUUCAAGUUCAUGAAAACUUAAAAACACCCGACAUAAUCAGGCUUCGAUAUUAUCGUCCAAUAGGAUAGUUUGAGUUCUCAAACUAACCAAUGAGAGUGUAACACAACUACAGAAUUAAACUAAAAUAAUUAAUUGUGAACUAUUCAAGUAAUACUUAAUAACUUACAUAACUUAUUAACAAUUAUUAUGUAAACAAUUGAAUUUUUUAGUGUGGUACAAUUCACAA